UCUCUCAACCCAAUCGAUACCCGAGGCUUCAUCAUUCUCUAAUGGAGAACCAAAAGUGAAAAGCUUCUGAGCGGAUCUCAAGAGAACUUAGAAGAAAAGUGAAGGAAUUCAGCCCACCGUCCGUGAUAAGAGUGAACCAUAGUAACCUCGCUGGUCUCUCAGCGCUCAUACAUCUAAUUGGUGCGACUGCUGCACGUGGACGUUAACCAGAUGAUCGAGUCAGGCUGGAGGAUAGCGCAGUCUUGUCCUUCUCUGGUCUUCUUUACAGAACCAGUGGCUGUCAUUCCCUCUUUUGCUUUCUCCUGGCUUCAGCUACUUAAACCUGGUCUUCUGGGUUGGUGUGGAGAAACGGACACCUCAUCAUCAUGUUUGGAUGCUUUCUGAAUAGAGAUAAGCAAGGCUUGAGGAACUUCUCGUGGUGAAUGCCUCUUCCAAGGCUUUGCGUGGAUCAUCUUGACCUUCUCUACCGCUCUGGUUUGUGAUUUUCAGUAAUUCUGUACAUACGCAAGAUGAAUGGAGGAUUGGGCAGCUUGCGCUUGGAGGCCGUCGAAGUGAUGCGAAACGCUCUCAUCUCGGCCGAGAACCUUCAGCUCACUCUGAAAUCAGACUUCAGCUCGGAGGAGCAGGCUCUGACCAACAACCACAGCAGCGGUAAUCAAGGGAAACCGAGCAGAGGAAAUGAAGAUCUAAAGGAGAUGCUGGAAAGCAACAAAGAGUCCCUGAAGCUGGAGGCCAUGAAGAGGAUUGUGGGGUUGAUUGCCAAGGGAAAGAAUGCAUCUGAACUUUUCCCAGCGGUGGUGAAGAACGUUGCAAGCAAAAACAUUGAGCUGAAGAAGCUGGUGUAUGUGUACCUUGUCCGGUAUGCAGAGGAACAGCAGGAUCUCGCCCUCCUGUCAAUCAGCACCUUUCAGCGGGCGCUCAAGGAUCCCAAUCAGCUGAUCCGAGCGAGCGCUCUCAGGGUCCUGUCCAGUAUCAGGGUUCCUAUCAUCGUCCCCAUCAUGAUGCUGGCCAUCAAAGAAGCAGCCACUGACCUUUCACCUUACGUGCGGAAAACUGCCGCUCAUGCCAUUCAGAAACUCUACAGUCUGGACCCGGAUCAGAAAGAGCAUCUGAUCGAAGUGAUUGAGAAGCUUCUGAAAGACAAAAGCACGCUGGUUGCUGGCAGCGUGGUGAUGGCGUUUGAGGAGGUCUGUCCGGACCGGAUCGACCUGAUCCAUAAGAACUAUCGCAAGCUGUGUAACCUGCUGGUGGACGUGGAGGAGUGGGGUCAGGUGGUCAUCAUACACAUGCUGACCCGAUACGCCAGGACACAGUUUGUCAGCCCGUGGAGAGAGGACGCUGUGUUCGACGAGAACAAUGAGAAAGCGUUUUAUGAUUCAGAGGAGGAGAGGAGAGUGGACCAGUCCAAGCUGUACAUCAUGGAUCCAGACCACAGACUCCUGCUCAGAAACACUAAACCACUGUUACAGAGCAGAAACACUGCAGUUGUGAUGGCAGUAUCUCAGCUCUACUGGCAUUUGGCUCCUAAACAUGAACUUAGCAUCAUCUCUAAGUCUCUGGUGAGGCUUUUGAGGAGCCAUAGGGAGGUUCAGUACAUUGUGUUGCAGAACAUCGCCACCAUGUCCAUUCAGAGGAAGGGAAUGUUUGAGCCCUUCAUGAAGAGCUUCUAUGUGAGGUCUACAGAUGCAACACACAUCAAAACACUCAAGCUGGAGAUUUUGACUAACCUGGCUAAUGAAGCAAACAUCUCCACCAUACUGAGAGAAUUUCAGACGUACGUGAAGAGUCAGGAUAAAGCGUUUGCGGCGGCCACCAUCCAGGCCAUCGGCCGCUGUGCCACUAACAUCUCUGAAGUGACCGACACCUGCCUCAACGGCCUGGUUCUGCUGCUGUCCAACAGAGACGAGACUGUUGUCGCAGAGAGCGUCGUAGUCAUCAAGAAACUUCUGCAGACGCAGCCGUCGCAGCACAGUGACAUCAUCAAACACAUGGCCAAACUCUUCGACAACAUCACCGUCUCGAUGGCGAGGGCCAGCAUCCUGUGGCUCAUGGGAGAAUACUGUGAACACGUGCCUAAAAUCGCCCCCGACGUCCUGCGAAAGAUGGCCAAGUCCUUCACCAGCGAGGAGGACAUCGUCAAACUCCAGACGGUCAACCUUGCUGCCAAACUCUACCUGACCAAUUCCAAACAGACUAAACUGCUGACUCAAUACAUUUUGAACUUGGGCAAGUACGAUCAGAACUAUGACAUCAGAGACCGAACGCGGUUCAUUCGUCAGCUGAUUGUCCCGAACGAGAAGAGCGGAGCCCUGAGCAAAUACGCCCGCCGCAUCCUGAUGGCGCCCAAACCAGCUCCUGUCCUGCAGUCUGCCUUCAAAGAUCGAGACCGGUUUCAGCUCGGCACUCUCUCCCAUACGCUUAAUUCCCAGGCCAAUGGAUACCUGGAGCUUUCUGAUUGGCCGGCUGUCGCUCCUGACCAAUCAGUGAGAAAUGUUGAGGUAGCAGAACCGGUGAAAGAGGCCGGAGCACCAGCGCUUGGUAAAUCCAAACCUUCCAAAUCGGCUGAGAAAUUCUACUCCGAUUCUGAAGAAGAGGAGGAGGAGGAAGAGGGAAGCAGUAGCGAGGACAGCAGUAACAGCAGCAGUGAAGAAUCUGAGAGCGAGGAGAACAGCGACGAUUCGGACAAGAGCAGCUCCAGCCAGUCAGAGAAGAGCUCCAGCGAAUCAGACUCGGAAAAGAAGAAGAAAACGCUGAAAAACAAAAAACUACAACAGCAGAAACCGGACAGCAAAGACAGGAAGCAGAAGAACGGGAACGCUGUGAAGGGUGGAUCCAGAUCGGAAAGUGAAUCGGGCUCUGAGAGUUCCUCGUCUGAGAGCUCGUCUGAAUCCGGAUCAGAAUCCGGAUCGGAAUUAGAUUCAGAUUCAGACUCGGGAACAGACCAGAAGAAAAACACCAAGUCUAAACCUGCGCAGUCUAAAACGGUCGCAAAGCAGGUUGAGAAAAAGGAAGUGUCUCUGCUUGAUCUCGAUGACUUCUCACCCGCAGCUGUCACUACACCCAAGAGCUCCAUUCUGUCUCCUAGUCUGCUGUCUGACCUGCAAGGGCUCUCGAUCUCACCCACCGCAUCGGCCUUACAGACGAGUUCUCCGGUGUUUGUGCCGGAAACCUCCCAUGAGCUGCUCCACAGGAUGACGGGUAAAGGUCUGUCCGCCCAGUACCGCUUCACUCGGCAGCCCUGUAUCUAUGGCAACAGCAUGGUAUCCCUGCAGCUGACGCUAAGCAACAGUAGCGACCAAGCCCUGGAGAACAUCCACAUCUCUGAGAAGACUUCCACUGGACAAAACAUCCACCGCUUCAACGCUAUCGAGCGUUUGGAGCCGCAGGCCUCAGUAACCGUGUCCAUGGGCGUCGACUUCAAUGACUCCACACAAGCUGCAAACUUCCAGCUCUGUACUAAAGAAGAUGAAUUCAGCGUUUCCAUCCAGCCUGCGGUAGGAGAGCUGCUGCUGCCCGUCACCAUGAGUGAAGCAGACUUCACCAAAGAGCAGGGUAAACUGGUGGGCAUGAACGAGUCAUCGGCGACAAUUACCAUGACGCCAGAGAACGUCUCCAGCCAAUCAGUAAACAGAAAGGUGGUGUCUGUCGCCAACCUAGGUGUGAUUCCAUCCAGUCAGGAGAACAUACACAGGUUUGUCGGUAAGACGGUGAGUUCUGGAUCUCUGGUGCUGGUGUCGGUGGCUUUGAAUGACCCUGACGCUGUGAUCACCAUCAACACAGAGAAAACGGUGAUGGGCUCUAUGCUCCUGAGACAGUUUAAAACCGCCCUGACCAACGGCGGCCCCUAGAAACACAUCAAACCUCACUGUCACCCGUUCACAAGUUCAGGCACGGACAGGCGCUGUGUUCAGACGUAGCUCGCUCUGGGUUAUAAUGACGCUUGGAAGGAUUUGUAUCGUUUUGAGAAGAUGACAGAAAAGACGACUUCGUAACUGUCCUCAUUUCAAGAGACUUUAUGCCCAGAUAUGCCUAGCGUACGUUUCUGCUUUCAUUUCAGGCGCAUCGAUGUUCUCUGCUAAUCUGUGAGACUCCACUGCGUCCAGAAAGGCUUUUCAAGCAUUUUUAUUUGUUGCUCUUGUUUCGUUUUUCGCUAAAUUUCCCAGAUGACACGAUGCUGACUAGCCUGUGCGCUUUGUGUGACCAAAACAUGCAAAGUUUCAAUCCUAUGUGAAGUGCCUUUCUUAAAGCCAUUGUUCCUGACAGAAGUUACAUUUGCUUAAAAUUACAGUGAUUAAAAAAAAAUAUAAAAAUAUAUAUAUAUAUAUAUAUAUAUAUAUAUAUAUAUAUAUAUAUAUAUAUAUAUAUAUAUAUAUAUAUAUAUGGAAACCGAAAAGUAGUUUGUUUUUCCUCAUUUGUAUCGUAUUAUCCUGUAAUUUGUUGUGUGCCAUAUGGAUUUACUCUGAUGUCGUUGUAAUAUGGUCACACGAUGUCUGGUUUAAAUGAGUUUCCCAAAGAACGGAGUAAGAAUCGAGUCUUUUUGUACGGUAUACAGUUAGUUUAUUGCUUUUCUCUAUUGCUUAUCUCUCUAAAAUAAGUUUCUUUGUAAAUGUGCACCUCUGACUGAAGCUAAUGUAAGCGUGUACUGAGAUCAUGCCACUUGCUCUGAUUGGACGAGCCGAGCGGGAGUUUCGUGCAACUUUCCUGUACUGUCAUUUAAACGUUUUGUGAACAUGCUCAGCAUGGAUUCCAGGAAACGGGUAUGUAUUGCUCUUUUGAAGAUGAGGAUUAUGGGAGGGAAGAUGCUCCCCAAAAACCUUAUUAGGAGUUAGUUAACUUUGUAUCGAUUGCAGGCCGUCCUGGAAACCUCAGUAACCACCAUUCAGGGCGUCUGAAGACCGGAUCCGUCUCAGCGGAGUAAACCGUGCCUUUUCCUACAAGAUGACAAACAUGUUGAGAAAAGAGAGGAGAAGUCCUCCAAGUUUUAAACAACGCAAGGAUGAUUCGUCUGCGGAUUGAAACGGCGAAGCCUAAUUUCCGCCCGCGGCCAUUGAAGUAAAAAUGGAUUUCUUCACGCGCGCCGAUGCCGCAACGUUCCUCUCAACAUCUACUCAACCUUUAUUUUGUUUUCUGCAACAUUCAUUUGCAGAUACGGUUUUCACUUAAAGGAAACGCCAGACUAAUUGCUGUUUCCAAACAGGUUUCCCGGCUACCUCCGCACUGUCUGCCAAUAGUCCGCCGCUUAUGCCACUACAAACAGGUUUGAUGAUCACUUUCAGUGACUGUUUGAAGUGAGGUAGGUUUGUUAAUGCCACAAUAACAUAUAAAACGCUUACAGCGUGUAGAAUGUAUCAGUGCACUUGCAGGAUAUUUAAGUGCUUGCGUAUUUUUCAUAUUGCAUUAGAUUAUAAUGCAACCGGCUCCAAAUUGUGAUUUUCAAAGCUCCUGUAAUUGAUAUUUGUGCCAGUAUUAGUUACAUCUGACAGUUUCUUGAUGGAAAGUAAAGGUUUCAAGCUCGAAAUUUGUGAAUUUUGGUCAGGGUCAAAGGUCACCUUGUAUCUGUCUUUUAAAUUUCGCUUUAUUUUGAUAGUCCACUUUAGAAUUAUACUAGCAGUGAGUAACUUUGCAACUACUUAUUAACUAGCAGUCGUUAAACUGAUUCGUAUCUUCAUAUCUCAUCAACUAACACUUUAUUUUGAUGGGUCCACAAUAUACAACAUAUUAUUAGAAACUCUGUUAUAUGUUGUCUUACUCUAUUAACCUUAAACCUGUCUGCCCUGAGAAUUAUUAGACAUGUAGUUGUGAAUUAAUAAGAAUUAAUAGACGUGUAGUUGACAUGGUUUUGGUUUAAUAGGAUGUCUUUAAAAAAAAUAAUACUUAUAGUGCAUCCUUUAGCAAGACUUUUAAGUUGCUGUAGAAGGAUAGUCAUUGUUUUAAACGGCUAAUAAUAAAAUAAUUAUACAAUUCUUAA